AUGGGCAAUCGUACCACAGUGAAUACAUUCCUUCUGUGGGGAUUUUCCAGUUUCCCAGACCUGCAGGGUCUCCUCUUUGUGAUGAUCUUCUUCUGCCAUGUGGCAAUAUUAGUUGCAAAUGUAUCCAUAAUGGUGGCUAUCAAGCUCAGCCACAACCUUCACAUCCCGAUGUACUUUUUCCUCUCUGGCUUGUCCUUGUCAGAAACCUGUACCACUAUAGUAGUCAUUCCCCGAAUGCUAGUGGACUUGCUAUCAGACAGCAAGACCAUUUCUCUCCCUGAGUGCGCCACACAGAUGUUCCUCUUCCUUAGCUUGGCAGGCAACAACUGCUUCAUCAUGGUUGCCAUGGCCUAUGACCGUUACACUGCCAUUCACAACCCGCUGCACUACUCCAUCCGCAUGACCCACAAGAUCUGCCUUCGGAUCAUGAUGGCCUCUUCUGUCACUGGGAUGGUGGUGUCUCUCUGUAUUGUCCUCAUUGUAUUCAACUUGUCUUUUUGUGACUCCAGCAUCAUCCAGCACUUUUUCUGUGACAUCCUACCGGUAGCCUCCCUUGCCUGUGAUUACACUUUGUUUCAGAAAAUGAUCCUUCUUGCAUUUACUUCCUUUGUGUUAGUGGGCAGCUUCACUUUAAUUAUGAUUUCCUAUGUCUUCAUUGUGCUCAUAGUUGUGAAAAUGCCCUCUGCAAAGGGGAGGUAUAAGGCCUUUUCUACUUGCUCCUCUCACCUCACUGUGGUGUGCAUACAUUAUGGGUUUUCUGGCUUUGUACAUUUGAGACCCAAGAACAGCGAUUCAUUUCAUGAAGAUAUGCUGAUGUCUGUGACAUAUACAGUGCUGACUCCCCUGCUUAAUCCCAUAGUUUACAGCCUAAGAAACAAAGAAAUGCAAAUAGCUCUAGGGAAAGUACUAGACAAUGUCAGUAGGUUUUUCUCUCAGAUGGUAAGUAAAAGAGCCUUGAACACUUCUUAA